CUCCCCUAGGUUUCAUCGGACUGGUGAGUGCUCAACGGUGCUGGGGUUAUCCUUCCCCAUCUUCCUUCCUGCACCAUAUCCUUCUCUCUUUCUCGAUACCCAAUAAACAAUUCUUUCUAUAUUAGCUAAUAAUCCUCUUAUCUGAACUCUCUUUGUGUUUGGGGAUUGUUAUCUUUUCUGGGUUCAUAAUUCUAACAUUCCCUUCCAGAAGUUCUUCCCCACCCGUUCUUCUUGAUUGAAGUUUAGGGAUUUAGAGCAAUUAUGGGUUCUUCGUCUGCUACCAACUUGUGGGUUCUGCUUGGUUUAGGCCUGGCUGGAAUUCUGAUGAUGUCGAAAAGGCUUAAGAAAGCAGUGAAAGAGGAUUUUGGGGCUUUUGUUGAGAGGUUGCAACUUCUUCCUCCUCCUCAACCGGCUCCUCCUAAAGCUCCUCACCCAUUGACUGGCCUGUCAUUUGCUGUCUCGGAUGUGUUUGAGAUUGAAGGAUCUGUAACUACAUUUGGGAAUAUUGAUUGGGCAAAGACACAUGAACCUUCUUCUCAAACAUCUCCUGUGGUUUCUGCUCUUGUUCAAGGUGGUGCUACGUGCAUAGGGAAAACCGUAGUGGAUGAAAUGGCUUAUAGUAUUCAUGGAGAAAACAAACGCUAUGAUACACCCACUAAUCCUGCUGCUCCUGAUCGUGUACCUGGAGGAGCAUCUAGUGGAGCUGCUGUAGCUGUGGCCGCUAACCUUGCCGACUUCUCCUUAGGUAUUGAUACUGAUGGUGGAAUUAGGGUCCCAGCUGCAUGUUGUGGUGUAUUAGGAUUUCGACCUUCACAUGGGGCUGUGUCUCACACUGGAAUAAUUCCUGUUUCAUCAAGUUCAGACACUGCUGGAUGGUUUGCAAAAGAUCCAAAUGUACUGCGUCGUGUAGGACACGUGUUGUUGCAAAUUCCCUUUGCAGUACUUCGGAAUCCAAGAAACGUCAUAAUAGCUGAUGAUUGUUUUGAGUUAACAAAGACACCCAUCGACCGAACAGCUCAAGUAGUGAUCAAGUCAGUGGAGAAGUUAUUUGGAAGACAAAUUUUGAAGCAUGAAAUUAUUGGUGAUUAUAUAUAUUCCAAAGUUCCAAGCCUAAGAGCAAUGUAUACCAAAACAUCAAAUGGUGAAGUCAAAUCAUCAUCAUUGAGGUUGCUAGCAAAUGCAAUGCAGAAAAUUAAAAGGCUUGAGUUCCAACUUAAUCAUCAGGAAUGGAUUAGCUCAGUGAAGCCUACUAUGAACCCUGUCAUUUCAGUACAAGUUCAGGAAAAGCUAGAACUUACUGAGCAAGAGACUGAGUGUCUUUAUGCAAUUAAGAAUGAACUGCGUGCAGCUAUGAACUCUCUUCUGAAGGAUGAUGGACUGCUAGUUCUUCCUACUAUUGCAAAUCCACCUCCCAAACUCAAUAGCAAAGAGAUAAUGUCUGAAGACUACACGAUUGGUACAUACAGUCUAUUGAGUUUAGCUAGCAUGUCCGGUUGCUGUCAGGUCACUAUUCCACUUGGAUUGUAUGAGAAAUGCCCGGUUUCAGUGUCAUUUGUGGCAAGACAUGGAGGUGAUCGAUUUUUACUAGAUACGGUACAAGCCAUGUACGCCACAUUAAAAGAACAGGCUGAUAUAGCUAUUGCGCCCAAAUCAUCAACUAAAGUUGUCAGUGAAGAAACAUCAGCUGACAUUGCCAAAGAAAAGGGGAAUGAAGCAUUCAAAGCAAAACAAUGGCAGAAAGCUGUCGGUUUUUAUACUGAAGCAAUCAAACUUAAUGGAAAUAAUGCAACAUACUAUAGUAACAGGGCUGCAGCUUAUCUUGAAUUGGGAAGCUUCAUUCAAGCUGAAGCAGAUUGCUCCAAAGCUAUCAACUUUGACAAGAAGAAUGUAAAGGCGUAUCUAAGAAGAGGCACAGCUCGUGAAAUGCUUGGUUAUUACAAAGAAGCUAUUGAUGAUUUUAACUAUGCCCUUGUUCUGGAGCCAACAAACAAAAGAGCAUCUCUUUCUGCCAAUAGGUUAAAGAAGCUGUUCGGAAGCUAACGUGCGAUUCGGCGAAUCUUUUGGGGUUUAUUCGUGUGCGGUGAACUUGGGAGAGGGGGGGCUGUGUAUUGGUUGCUCCUUGAUAUAAGCUUUUAUUGCAAAUCUUUCCCCACACAGGAGAAUGAAAAAUAUAUAUUCUUUUGAUGUCAAUUGAGGCCCAAAGUUUUGACUUAGUUUGACUAGUCUAGUUUAUCUUCUUGUCUUUUUAUUUCCUAUUCUGCAUUGUUAACAUUAAAUUGAUGCAUUUUGGGACAAUAUAUUUGCCUACUUUUCAUUUUA